GCGGCGCGGUCGGGGACAGGGAGGCACGGUGGCGCGGCUCUGUGCGGGAAGCGGCGGGGCGGCGGCGGUGAGACUGAGGCUGCAGCUGUGGGUGCCGGACCGGGCGCGAGGAUGGGCACGCAGGGCAGUCCGGUGAAGAGCUACGACUAUCUGCUCAAGUUCCUCUUGGUGGGCGACAGCGACGUGGGCAAGGGCGAGAUCCUGGAGAGCCUGCAGGACGGCGCGGCCGAAUCCCCAUAUGCCUACAGUAAUGGAAUCGACUACAAGACGACCACCAUCCUGCUGGACGGCCGGCGUGUUAAGCUGGAACUCUGGGAUACGUCAGGCCAGGGCAGGUUCUGUACCAUCUUCAGGUCCUACUCCAGGGGCGCACAGGGCAUCCUCCUGGUAUACGACAUCACCAACCGCUGGUCCUUUGAUGGCAUUGACCGCUGGAUCAAGGAGAUAGAUGAGCAUGCGCCUGGGGUCCCCCGGAUCUUGGUUGGGAACCGUCUGCACCUGGCCUUCAAGCGGCAAGUCCCAACAGAACAGGCACGUGCCUAUGCAGAGAAGAACUGCAUGACUUUCUUUGAGGUCAGCCCCCUGUGCAACUUCAACGUCAUCGAGUCCUUCACGGAGCUGUCACGCAUCGUGCUCAUGCGGCAUGGCAUGGAGAAGAUCUGGAGGCCCAAUCGAGCCCCUUCCCACAGGCUGACCCCUCUGCCCACCCCCAGUGUUCAGCCUGCAGGACCUCUGCUGCCGUGCCAUCGUCUCCUGCACCCCUGUGCACCUCAUCGACAAGCUCCCACUGCCAGUCACCAUCAAGAGCCACCUCAAGUCUUUCUCCAUGGCCAACGGCAUGAACGCUGUCAUGAUGCAUGGGCGCUCCUACUCCCUGGCCAGUGGGGCUGGGGGUGGCAGCAGCAAAGGCAACAGCCUCAAGAGGUCCAAGUCCAUCCGCCCUCCACAGAGCCCGCCCCAGAACUGCUCCAGGAGCAACUGCAAGAUCUCCUAGCAGAGCCAGCUGUACUGCCCUGUACAGACUUAAAGGGCUUGCGGACAGAUGCUCCUGGCCGGACACUGGGCCAGUGCUGCAUGCAGGGAAGACUUAGCCACACAGGCCUGCCCAGGAAGACUGGGGUUUCCUCCCUACCUGAGCUAGGUGCAGGAGGGGGUGCGCAGAGAGAGCAUGCUCAGUGGGCCUAUAGGGCAGUGGGGCUGCUGGUGCUACAGGAUCUGUCCAAAACAAACCCAGGACUCCUUGGCUGCCUGGGCCCAGGCCAGGAUGGAGCCUGGCUCACCUUUCUUUUAUUUAUAUUGAGAACAUUUCACCUGUUUUGUACAUUUUUAAGGGGAGGGAAUUCUUAUGCAGCCACAUGGCAAGCUUGCCUCUUCGUGGCUACAUCAGCCAGGGGAUGAGCUUGAAUGGGAUUGGGCAAGAGGAGAUUUGAGGCAGUGACAGGAAGGAGUCAGCCAUCAUAGCUGGAAUCCUCUGAACUCUUGGGGCUGGGGCUUCUCAGAAACCAGUGGGAAACAGAUGGGGCAUGUGUAGCUCUGGGAGCUCUGGUGGCUGGGUAGGGGUGGCUUUACCAGCUUCUGGGUGUCAUUCCUGUGCAUCAGAGCCUAGGUGACUCACUGGAGAGGGGAGGUGGAGGGUACACUCAGGAUCCCUCACCUUUGUCACUCCACAGGACCCUCACACAGGGGUUGAGAAGCUUCUUGCUAUCAUUUGACACCUUUGGUGACAUUGACUACACAAAACCGAGAUCAGCAUCUUUCUAACUUGAAGAUGCAGACCUAUCUGUAGACCUGUAAAUACUUGAUGGGGCUGUGGCCUAUGGGUCUCACGUGGUCUCUGGACCCCUGGGCAUCUCCGUUCAGCCUUCUGUUCUUGGCAGCUUCUGUUCACUGACCUCGGAUAUGUCCCCUUAGCUGCUGCUUACCUGUCGCUGCCCUUCUGCCCGUGAGGUCACAUUUCACUGAAACCAUUCUGACCUGUUUCUUAAUGACACCCCCUGGAACAGUGGCCUUGUCCAUGCAGUGGGCUACAGUGCUGGGUGCUACACUUCUCUGCAAGGACCCCCAGCCUGGAGGAGGCUUUUCCUCUGAAAGCCAUUGACCAUUCCUUCAGAGCUGCUCCAGCCCUAGUGGCCUGAGGGUGUGGUCACCUGUGAUUACUCUCCCUUACCCCACUACAUCGGCCCAGCCUGGCCUGGUGACCCCACUGAGGGUUGCACUGGCGUUCAGCUCUACCUCCUGCCCUUGGGCUCCCCAGCCAUAGGCAGGGCCAGUGUGCAGAAGGAGCCCUACAUAGGCCAUUGCCCCUCUCAACAGGGUUCUCCACAGUGCACGUUUCAGAGACAGUCUUGUGGUGAGUGUCACUAGGGCAGACAUGAAGAUGCAGGGCCAUGGCCUCCAUGAACUACCAGAUGAACAAGGGAGCCUGGCCAGGUGACCCCUCCAACAGCUCCCAGGGACCCUAGCUCUAGGCCUGACCACCAGUGGGGUUGGGCAGAGGCAGUUUGGCCCCAUCAUCUUCCCCUCUCCUGGACACAUUUAUCUUUUGCUGCCCACAGGGCCCCUUUCUUUGGAAUUAUGAACAGAAUCACAGGGACUUUGAGGGCCUGGGUGGUCUUACAUUCACGGUAUCAACACUACCUUGCUGCUGUUUGACACUUGUACCAUUCCUGGGUUCUUUCUGAACUGCUUAGUUCUUUGUACAGUAAAUGUAAUUCAGCUGUGAUUGCCAUGUUUUGUGCAAAUCAGUCUAAUUUUGUCUGGCCAGUGGUGGGUAAAG